UUGAGCGGUUCGAACCAAACCGGCCGCUAGCCUAAAACCCAACCCAAAACCUUUCUGAGCGCUCUCUCUUUCACUCCCUCUAACUGCAGCAGUUGCUUCUGCGCCACCUCCAUUGAAGACUCCACCGUCGGCGCCGCAGCCACCAUCCGAGGAUGAAUAGAGGGCAAGCCAAGACCAUAAUCUUUACCAAACAGCCUUUCAUCGAAGACGAAGGACACCUCAGAAUAGAAAAAUGGAAAUUCAGCGCGAUGUCCGACAAGGAGAUCAGGAAAAUGGCUGAAGUUCAAAUCUUUAAAGGUCAAUAUUAUGAUUCCAAUCGGAAGCCUAUUGAAGGCGGCUUAUUGGACCCCCGCUUGGGUCCUGCAAAUAGGAGUAGUGGUGCAUGUGCUACCUGUGGUGGGACAACGAAGGACUGCCCGGGGCACUUUGGAUACUUGGUGCUUGCCCUUCCUGUUUUCAAUGUUGGGUAUUUAAGUACUAUUGUGGACAUAUUGAAGUGCAUUUGUAAGUUAUGUUCUGGCAUACUUUUGGAGGAGGGAAUGCGCAUCGAAUUUUUGAAGAAAAUGAGACGUCCCAAAAUGGAGCCCAUGAAGAAAAGUGAGUUGAUGAAAGUGAUAGUGAAGAAGUGUAAUAGCUUGACAACCAAUAAUAGACCAGUGAAGUGCUCCAAAUGUGGAUUUAUAAAUGGUUCAGUGAAGAAGGCUGUGGGUGUGCUGGGCAUUAUCCAUGAUCGUUCAAAAUUUAUUGGUGUUAUGGAUGAUUUUAGAUCAGCAAUAUCUCACACGAAAGAGUCCAAAGCGUCCUUUAAUCCGGCUACUCAUAAUCUAAACCCUGCUAGAGUUUUUUCGCUGUUCAAAAGGAUGGUUGAUGAGGAUUGUGAGUUGCUUUAUCUUUCAGAUAGACCAGAGAACCUCAUAAUGACAAACAUUGCCGUGCCGCCGAUACCUAUUCGUCCUUCUGUUAUUGUGGAUGGAUCACAGAGUAAUGAAAAUGACAUUACAGAGAGGUUGAAGAGAAUUAUUCAAUCAAAUUCUAGUCUCCGACAGGAUUUAAUAGAAGCAAGUUCUGCAGCCAAAUGUUUGGCGAGUUGGGAGAUACUUCAAGUUGAGGUUGCACAGUACAUAAACAGUGAUGUUCGUGGUGUUCCCUUUUCCAUGCAAACUUCCAAGCCAUUGGCUGGUUUUGUGCAGCGCCUGAAAGGGAAAGGAGGGCGCUUUCGUGGGAAUUUAUCUGGGAAGCGUGUAGAAUAUACUGGUCGAACUGUUAUAUCACCAGACCCUAAUCUGAAAAUUACCGAGGUUGGAAUCCCUAUCAAAAUGGCUACAAUAUUAACUUAUCCAGAACGUGUUUCCCAUCAUAAUAUUGAGAAGUUGAGGCAGUGUGUCAGUAAUGGACCUGAUAAGUACCCUGGUGCCAGAGUGCUUAGAAAUUCCGAUGGGACUGAAUGGGUUUUAAAGGUUAACAGAAAGAGCAUUGCUGAUUCACUAAAAUAUGGUGACAUAGUUGAACGCCACCUAGAAGACGGGGACGUUGUUCUUUUCAACAGACAACCAAGCUUGCAUCGGAUGUCUCUCAUGUGUCAUAGGGCUAAGAUUAUGCCUUGGAGAACAUUGAGGUUUAAUGAAUCUGUUUGCAACCCAUACAAUGCUGAUUUUGAUGGUGAUGAAAUGAAUAUGCAUGUCCCGCAAACAGAAGAGGCCCGGACAGAAGCUCUUACGUUGAUGGGGGUGCAAAACAAUCUAUGUACUCCAAAAAAUGGAGAGGUUUUGGUUGCUUCCACCCAAGAUUUUCUAACGUCCUCUUUCCUUAUUACAAGGAAGGACACAUUUUAUGACCGUGCAUCUUUUUCUCUCAUGUGUUCAUAUAUGGGGGAUGGAGCGGAUACUAUUGACUUGCCAACACCUUCUGUAAUUAAGCCAAUAGAGCUAUGGACAGGAAAACAAUUAUUUAGUGUUCUAGUACGCCCAAAUUCAAAUGUGAGAGUCUAUUUGAAUCUUACAGUUACAGAGAAAUCCUACACCAAGACUGGAGAUGGAAGAGAAAUUGAAGCAAUGUGCCCAAACGACGGAUUUGUUUAUUUUCGUAACAGUGAGCUCAUAGCUGGGCAACUUGGGAAGGGUACUUUGGGGAACGGCAAUAAGGAUGGACUUUACUCUGUUCUAUUGAGAGACUAUAAAGCUCAUGCUGCUGCUUCUUGCAUGAAUCGCCUGGCAAAGUUAAGUGCCCGAUGGAUUGGUAAUCAUGGAUUCUCAAUUGGGAUUAGCGAUGUACAACCAAGUGACAGUUUGUACGAUGAGAAAGAAAAAUUAAUUAAAGAAGGUUAUGACAAAUGCGGCGGCCAGAUAAAGUUGUAUAAUGAAGGACAGCUACCACUUGUACCUGGUUUUGAUGCCGCACAAUCACUUGAGACUGGGAUAACUAGUUUACUAAACAAUAUUAGAGAUCAAACUGGAAAGUUGUGCAUGCAAAAGCUCCAUUGGAGAAAUAGUCCCUUGAUCAUGUCCCAGUGUGGUUCUAAAGGAUCUCCUAUCAAUAUCAGCCAGAUGGUUGCCUGUGUUGGCCAGCAAUCAGUUGGGGGUCGUCGUGCACCUAAUGGAUUCAUAGAUCGAAGCCUUCCUCACUUCCCUAGAUUUGCAAAGAUGCCUGCUGCAAAGGGCUUUGUUGCUAGUUCCUUUUACAGUGGCUUGACAGCUACUGAGUUCUUUUUCCAUACAAUGGGCGGGCGAGAAGGGCUUGUGGAUACAGCCGUGAAAACAGCUGAUACUGGAUACAUGUCUCGUAGAUUGUCAAAAAUUUUGGAGGACCUAUCUGUCCAGUACGAUAACACAGUAAGGAAUUCAAGUGGAUCUAUAGUUCAAUUUUGUUAUGGGGAUGACGGUAUGGAUCCUGCAAUGAUGGAAGGAAAAGAAAGUGGAGCUCCUUUGGACUUCAACCGAUUGUUUUUGAAAGCCAAGGCCACAUGUCCUGCUGGAGGAAGUGAUACCUUGUCUUCUGAAGAAGUGUCUGAAAUAGUGAGUAGCAGGCUUUCAAAACACGAUAUGACUCCUGAUGGCGGUUGUGCUGCUGGUUUCAAAACUUCUUUGGAGAAAUUCCUGGAUAAAUUUGUAAAAACAUUUAGAGAAACACAUGAGACUUUUGUGCUGGAUCAAAAUCCUGCAUGGAAGGAAAAGUCUGCUACUCUGGAUAAGAUUGUCCAAAAUAUAUCUGGUGUUACUUCUCAACAGCUGAAGGUCUUCCUCGAUACUUGCAUUUCUCGUUAUCAUUCAAAAAAGGUCGAAGCUGGGACAGCAAUUGGAGUAAUUGGAGCUCAAAGUAUUGGCGAACCUGGGACGCAGAUGACAUUAAAAACUUUUCACUUUGCCGGAGUUGCAAGCAUGAACGUUACCCUUGGGGUCCCUCGUAUCAAGGAAAUAAUAAAUGGAGCAAAAAAGAUCAGUACACCCAUCAUCACUGCAGUACUUGAGUGGGAUACUAAUGCGAAAUUCGCACGGCUGGUAGCAGGCCGGAUUGAGAAAACAAAUCUAGGGCAGGUUGCUAAGAGUAUAAAAACUGUAAUGACUUCAAGAGCGGCAUCUAUAGUCAUCACACUUGAUAUGGUCAUGAUUCAAGAUGCACACUUGUCUAUAGAUGCUAAUGUUGUAAAAGAAUCAAUUUUACGAACACCGAGAAUCAAACUGAAGAGCGAGCAUAUUAGGGUUUUGGAUAUCAGAAAGUUAGAAAUUCUUCCUCAGGAGGCUGAUAGGAGUAGGCUCUAUUUUCACCUCGACUAUCUAAAGAGUAUGCUCCCAAAAGUUAUUGUACGGGGUGUAGGCACAGUUCAGCGUGUUGUUAUUAAUGAAGAAAAGGAGAAAAAAGAGAAAAAUGAUAUUGAAGUUAAAGGAGACGAAAAGAAGUACAAGUUGUUUGCAGAAGGCACUGGUCUUCUAGCGGUAAUGGGCACUGAAGGAAUUGAUGGUUGUAAAACGACAAGUAAUGAUGUUAUGGAAGUGCAGCGGACACUUGGAAUUGAAGCUGCUAGAGUCUGUAUCAUUGAGGAGAUAAAGAAAGUAAUGAAAUCGCACGGGAUGAACAUAGACGAUCGCCAUAUGAUUUUUCUAGCGGAUGUUAUGACAUACAGGGGUGAAGUUCUUGGAAUCACAAGAUUUGGCGUUUCAAAAAUGGACAAGAGUGUUUUAAUGCUUGCUUCAUUUGAGCGGACAGACGAUAUCCUAUUUAAUGCUAGUGUAAACGGGAGAGUUGACAAGAUUGAAGGCGUAAGUGAAAGCAUCAUCAUGGGUAUCCCAAUGCAGAUAGGCACUGGAAUGUUCAAAGUUAGGCAAAGUGUUUCUUCUUGUCUGGAGCAACCCACAGAUUUGGGACUAUCACGUUCAGAUGUGCAGCUGGAUUAUGGGCCACAAUCGAUUCUUACCUGAUUUGAAGAAAAACGAUUUGUAAAGCGUCUCAUUUCCCAACAACUGCGUCACACAGCCUCGACGCUUAUAUCAUUUUGGUUGCUCUACCAUCAUGUCUAGAUGGCUUGCCUUUCACCUCAGUUACCUGAGGAUUGACUGGAACAUCGGGUGGUCCUCGCAGCUAGACCUGUAAACGGGUCGGGUUUAUUGGGUUUGGAUCGGGUUCAAUCCGACCCGUUAAGUUAACGGAUCAUCCGAACUCGAUCCGUUAAGUUAACGGAUCAUCCGUUUCACCCCGUUAACAAUUAUUAUUAUUAUUUUUUUGCAUAGAGUUUAUUUUUUGUUGUUAAGACUUGACUGAAAUUAUUAAAACAUCCUCAACUAACGGAUGCUAACGAGUCUAACGGGCUGACCUAAAGUGACCUGUUAUUUAACGGGUGGCUUACCCGUUAACGACUCAACCCGUUAAGCAUCCAUCCAAAUACUAAAUAUUAACGGAUCGGGUUAACGGGUCGGAUCCAAAAUGCCAGGUCUACUCGCAGCAAUCCAAUAUUCGGCUCGGUUACCAGAUCAUGCACAUGCUCGACUAAAGGAACUCAUUUUAACUGGGAAA